AUGGCUCGAUACCUGAAGAACCAAGGAUCGUUCGAACACAUCUUAGCCACCAUGCCAGAUCUCGAAGUUAACCUGCAGCCGGUCCUGGUUAACUGGAAUACAGAACUAGCCUAUCUAGACGUAUCCAAAGUCUUCGACCCUUUCUCACUCGUCGCCAAUCAGUCCUGGUCCCCCAGGAUCCAGCACCUUGCCCUGCACUUAGGAAGAUCCAGCAUCAAGCAUCUCGGAUACCAGUUGGAUUGCGGCAAGGACGACCGAAAUCUCGCAUCCAAGUCGGCAGAAGAAACACUGAAGCAAUUCGGGUCCCUGAUGGAGCUGGUCUUUGUGGUCAAACCAUUUCCUGAAUCGGAGGACGAGUGGAAGCAAAUGCCGAGAGACGACUAUGGUUUUGUGCCGUUCGAUGCAGGGACAGGAUGUGACAGAGGCUCCCAUAGACCGCAUAUCACAUUUCAGCGCAUUGUCGAGGUCUAUCAGGACGUCAUUGAUGGUCUUGGACGGCCCAUAAAAUUGAGAACUGCGGUUGAGGUUGAUAAUCUGGUUGCUAAGGAUACAAAGAGGAUUUGA